GAAGCAUGGAGUCCAGUUUUGCAAUCCACAGAAUUAUGCAACAGCAAAGAUAAAGCAGCGCCUACUUCCUGGGUGAUUUUGUUUCUUUCUGUUUGUCUUAAUUGUUAUAAAGAGAUUUUCUGCCUUUCUUGGCUGGCCUGCCUCACUUCUUUGCAGAUCAAAUAAACUGCUACACAGCAACAUACUUCAUUCAGGUCUCAGCGAUGUAUUUGCUUCAAUUUUUCAUGGCUCUGGUGGUGGGAACAUCUCUGGGGCGUGCAGCAGCUUCUGAAGCAAGCAGACCUGAAGCUAACACCUGUACAGUGAUGGCCUGUGGCAAUCCUGGACUCAAUGGUUUACCUGGCAGAGAUGGAAGGGACGGUGCCAAAGGAGAGAAAGGAGACCAAGGGGUAGGACAGAAGGGCCAACAAGGCUACCCUGGAAAGGCGGGCCCUCCCGGUGAAAUGGGCCCAAUGGGAAUCAAAGGACUUCCUGGUGAAAAAGGACAAAAAGGAGAAACAGUGGGUACUGACGCUUUCCAAAAACAAGUAGCUGCUCUGGAAAACAAAAUCCAGGAACUUCAAGCCGAAUAUAACAAUUAUAAAAAUGCGGUGCUACUGCAGGGGUCGACAGUGGGACAGAAAACUUUCAUUUCAACUCACCAGCACGACACUUUCGCUAACGGCAGAGCCCGGUGCACGAAAGCCGGAGGGGCCUUGGCCUGCCCCAAGAAUGCGGCCGAGAACUCCGCCCUGCAAGAAGUAGCAAAGAAGAAUUCCAAAUUUGCUUUCAUCGAUAUAAACGAUAUCCAAACGGAGGGCAGAUUUGUGUAUGCAAACGGGGCAUCAUCGCUAAGCUACACAAACUGGAAAAGCGGAGAGCCCAAUAACUAUAAUGGGGCCGAGGAUUGUGUGAUUAUCGUACCUGAAAACGGACUGUGGAAUGACUUGAACUGUGAAACGAAAUCUCUCAUCGUUUGUGAAUUCUGACCGGUUUACAAAGAGAGUUAUGCUUCAGAGUGCCACAUAUUCUAGCAUUGGGAAUACCACUUUCCAUUUCAGGCUGGAUGAUAGGAAAGAGAAAGUCAGGUUCCCUGACACGACAAUGUCCCAAACUAUUUUAUUUGGGCUAUUUUUUUUUAAAUCACCAAUUGCUAGUUUGUAUACUAUAGCAUUAUAAUGAUCUAUUGGUGGGGUCUCCAACUUUUUCGAGCCUUUGGGCACUCUCGGAAUUCUGGCAGUGUGGUGGGCACAGCCAUGAAAUGCCAGUCACAGUUAAACCUCCAGUGGCCAAUCAGAAACAUCGUUGUGCAAAUGCUCUGCCCACUUUCUAAAACUAUUCAGUGGGCACUAGGAAGAGAGUCAGUAGGUGCCAUGGCACUCAUUGUCCCCACGUUGGGGACCCCAAUUUAUUUUCACAAUUGCUAAAUCCCUCCAAAUUCCCAGCUUAUAUGAAAGAAUCUAGCCUUUUUACUUUGGAGAUGUAAGGUGUGCACCUUCCUCUUUUAUCUCCAGAAACCAAGCUUAGCUGGUGAGGGGGGGGGGGGGGGACUGAAGCAAAGCAGGAAACAACCUAGUAAGUGGGAGAUUAGGGGAAUGUGUGUGGUACAGAAGCACUGGUAUUUCUUUUGUUCCAUUGUCAUCCCUAAACCAAUGAACAUGGGAAUAACACAAAAAGUAGCUACAUGCCAGAAUGAUUAGGAUGAAUGUGUACAGCAGGUUAUUGCUAGUGAAAGCUGGAGAUUCCAAAAUACUUCAGCUGCCUUUUUGUAAUAGUUUAUGCGUCUCAGACAAUGGUUUUUGUUUUUCGUCUUUCUUAGCCACCCUGAGCUUUUGGGAAUAGUCAGAUAAUAAACACGGUUCUUGUACUGCC